AUGGCGGAUAAUGACGGUCAAAGGAGGUGCAGCUUAGGCCAGCUAUUGCGACUUUGCUGCUGUCUCUUGUGUUGUUGGCCCUGCAUCCUCUGUGGACUCAAACUGCUCUGGAAUGACGCCACUGAGGAAUUAGCGCAGGAGGAGAAAGAAGCGCCGGAGGAGCAGGACGAGAAGGAGCCCGAGCAGAAGCUGAAAAAUGACCCGUCGCUCGUU